UAUGGAGCAGAGUGUAUUUUUGGGGAACGGGUUUUUGUUGCGCUCUCCGGUUUGAAGUUUUACGGUUUCGAAUUUCGAACCACACAGAUCUGUGUGGUGUGCUGGUGCGUGAUUUUACCGGGGAAGAAAGUGUGUGGUGUUUGCUUGUGUGUAGCUAUAUCUCAGUGUGUGACUAUGUUUUGCGUGUCAGUGUUUGAUGUGUUUUGUAAAAGUGUUUCCAGUUUAUGAGUUAUGAGACCCAAUGCAGUUUAUUUUUGAUUCCUAUGUUACUUCCUCGCUUGUAUGUAAAAAAAACGCAGUUGCAAUGAGCCUACAAUUUUGUACAAUUAUUCCGAUAAGAUUACAUAUCAGGUUGAGUUCUUAGGUUCAUGAAGGUUUAGCUUUGCGAUAUUGGCAUUAGAAUGUGACGCUGUAUCAAGUGCCUUCUCAACUAUUUCAAUGUUGCGUUUCAAUGUACAUCUGGUCUGAAGAAAAGAGAAGAAAAAAAAACUAGUGCAGCUGUAAUGACUGUAAAGUGAAAAAGUAAACCUUCCGAUACGGAACGAACGAAGAAAAACGGAAGCGCACCCGUUACUUAAUUGAUUAGAAAUAAAUUGCGAUUCCGUCGGCGAGCGCGCGCGCGUGUGUGUAUGUGUCCUCGGAAAGUCACUGCGUCAGAUAGCGCCUCGGUUAGGUCGCCGGAAGUUGUCGGAAGAAAAUCGUACCCCAUUUUGCUCUGCUGAUAGGAAGCAAAAACCCCUACGCGAUUCGCCUUCGCCCUUCCGGUGGUUGCCCCGGUGCCAGGCUCGAGGACAUGCGAACCCGGCUGGCUUCGCUGAUCGUCGUGAAACAGGAGCCACUGUCGGCCACAUCACCACCACCACCCCCGUCACUACUACCUCCAGCACAUCCCCUGUCCGGUUCCGGCUCCUCCUCAUCGUCCUUUUCGUCACCGUCGUUGUCCUCGUCUUCCGGCUCGUCGUCCGGCAGCUCAUCGUCUUCGUCUUCGCCACCGUCCAGCCUAUUCCGGUCGUCGCUCGUGGUCGCGGAUGGGUUGCACUGCGACGGGUUGCAGUGCUAUGGCAGCUUCGGUCCCGUUGCCGGCACGAUCGAAGUGAAGCGACCGACCGACGGGUUGCCGCAGUACUACUGCGAGCGCAAUGGCCACGGUUACGGUCCGCACGGGUCCGGUGGCGAUCUGAACAACAAUGAGCCAUCCAGCGAGGCGUUUGAAUAUUUUGACGAGAAAAAGUGUGCUCCCCAUUUGCUAUCGCGAGUGGCAACCUCACCGGUCCCAUCGGCGGUCCCAACCGCAGAUCCAUCGUCAGUGUCGCAGCCAGCGAGUCUGACGACCGAACGCAGUUCCCUGACGCCAGGUCGCAGCGGUUCCGGUACAGCUUCCGGUGCCAGUGACCAUCCGAACGACAACCUGCGCAAAGUAGCAGCAGCGACAGCAGCAGCAGCCGCGGACAGUAGUAGCAGCUCAGCGACAAGCAUGUUACUGCUGCAGCCACAGGCGUCAUCUUUUAGUUCCGUUUCUUCAUUUGAUUAUUUACUGUCACAAUCGCAGAGUCAUCAUCCGGAGCAGACUUAUCAUCAUUCGCAUCUGCCACAAGAGCAGCAGCAGCAGCAGCAACAUCAGCAGCAACAACAUCAUCCACAUCCCCAUCAGUCGACGUUAGGACAUUCCCAGCAGCAUCAUCACGACCAGCAGCAGCAGCAGCAGCAGCAGCAACAUCACCAUCAUCACCAUCAGCAUCAUCAGCUCUCGUCCGGGCUAGACAAGUUUGUGGAGCUUUUCAGCUCGACCCAGCCGCAUACGCCGGCCGAAUCCAUCACCACCGAGUCGUACCUAGCGGACCAGACGCAACAUUCCAACAGCUCGAGCGACACGCUCGUCGGGCUCGAGGACAAUCCGUCCACGUUCGGCGGUUCCAGCGACAGCAUCCCGUCGGCGUUGCUCAAGUCAGCGUACAAGGAGGAGCUCCCCAGCCCGUUCAGUGCUGGUCCAUCUACGCGAGCACCGACCACCGAACCCCCGGACACAGAUCUUCUGUUCGAGUCGUCCUCGACCGAAGAACUCGGACUACUUACGCUUCGCUCUAGCAGCGAUCCCGUGUUGGCGAGCAGUGCCCGUCUACCGCAGGCAAUCGUACACGCGCAGGCGGCCGCUCAAUCGGGUGUGAGGCCCAGCACGUCCGCAGCCGGUCCAAGCGGUUUGGAUUCAGCGACAGCAGUAGCAGCAGCAGCGGCAGCGGCAGCAGCAGCUGCAGCAGGCAACAGCUCGCUACUGCCCAGCUUCCAGGAAACGUACCAGAUCAAGUACAAUCAGUUGGCCAGCUACGGGCUGAAGAUGGACGACGAUUGCUUCAAGAUGGCAGGCUCACCGCAUCAUCAUCAGGCUGUUACGGCGGCCUAUGCUCAUCAUGGUAGUGUGUACGGGCAUGGCCAUCAACAUCACCAUCAUCCGCAUGCAGGAGCCGGUGGAGUUCUCGGUGGAGUAGGCAUUGUCGGUACGGGA